UUACUGUAUCGCUGUUUAAAUUAACGUAUCGCCACCUGUCAAUCAAACAAAUGACAUGACCAAUGAGAAACGUCAAAUUAUUCAAUCCGCAUCGCGUUGCCGUCAGCUGACAGCUGACCACCAUUUUGUCCGACAUCAGCGGUCUGGCGGACUUUUCAAAAAUAAAUCGACGUUUACAGUAAACGUUUUGAUCAUGGUGAAAAGGUGUAGCUGGGGUACCUGCAACUCGGACACGCGGUACCCGGAACGACUUGCUGGUGGUAUCACCUUUAUUCCAUUUCCCAAGCCUGCCAGAAAUUUUGACAAAUGUCAACGAUGGAUACGUUUGUGUGGUCGCCCCAAGUAUCAACUGAACAUGGACAUACUUCGUGACCACAGCCGAGGAAAACAUUUCUUCGUAUGUACAAAGCACUUUGUUGAUGGAAAACCCUCCAAGACAUUUCCGGACCCUGCGUCUGCACUACCUCAUGAACAAAAUGAAAAUCCAAAGACAGUAAGACCACGACCCAAACCACGCUUGCCAUUUAUGGGCGACAGAAAAAGGAAAGUUCUUCUUGAAACACACAGAUGUAAUCAUGAUACAGAUAUUUCUGAUUCACCAAAUCAGAUGGAUAUGGAACAUCCAGAGCCUACAACCAUGCAGCAGGAAUCUGAUAUUCUUGUCCAACAAAGUGACACCAUGGGUCCUCUGCCACUGGAUAUGCUGGCUCUAGCUGCAGAGAACAAGCAACUCAAAGAAAAUAUGGCCAAACUGAUCCUAGAAAAGGAGGAGCUCAUGCGUGCCCAACAGAUCAACACCAAAAUUAGUGCUAAAAAUGUUAAGCAUGAUGUGUAUUCUUUUUGUAAAAAUAUAGAGAAUAAAGAUUACAAGUAUUACACAGGAUUUCCCUACGAACAGUUUAAGAAAAUAUUUAAAUUUGUUGUCCCUGGCAAUGCUGAUGAUGAACCUUUUCAAUUUACCAGAACAGUUAGCAGUUUGAAGUGUAUGGGUCUUGAAGACCAGCUUUUGCUUGUUCUGAUUAAACUUAGACCGAAUUUUGAUUUUAAACAUCUCUCAAAGUUGUUUCUGAUAUCACCCCAAGAUUGCAGUACUGCGUUUUCAAAUUGGAUAAAUUACUUAUAUUACAGGUUUGGAUCUGUGUCAAUUUGGCCUCACCGUGAUGUUUUGCAGCAACAUAUGCCUUCAAAAUUUCGCCAGGAAUUUCCAAACACUUUUAGUAUCAUUGAUGGAACAGAAAUAAAAAUUCAGAGACCCUCUUCACUGACAAGGCAAAGUCAAGCAUAUUCAAAUUACAAAUCAAGUACUACCCUGAAAGGUCUCAUUGGUGUGGACCCAAGAGGUUCAAUUACAUUCAUAUCAAUGCUGUUUUCUGGGGCGAUAUCAGACAAAGAAUUAACUGAAAAAAGUGGUUAUCUGUCCCUCCUCAGAGAAAUGGUUAAGUGUGGGAAACUUAAAGUGGGAGAUGGUCUGAUGGCAGACAAGGGCUUUAAUAUUGAAAAGGAAAUAAGGGCCACUGGAUUACGCAACAUUCCCCCUUUUGCACCAGGUAUAGGUCAGAUGUGUGUGUCUGAUGUGGCAGAAACAGUGAACAAUGCAACACACAGAGUGGUGGUCGAAAAUGCCAUUGGAAGGGUAAAAAAUUGCAUUUAA